CCCACUCUAAGCACCUGUGGCGCAGCUGGCUUGCUGAAUUGUUGAGUUUGAUUUUUAGGUUAGAAUAUUUAGUUUAAUAUUUAUGCUAUUUAUUUGAGAGUGUAGAGUGAAUUUAGAGGUAAUUGCGUGGUGGGUUGCCUUUUUGAAUGAAAAUGAAUGUCACGAUUCUUUAUGGAAGUGAAACCGGAACUGCUCAGGACACGGCAGAACAGAUUUGGAAAAGUGCGAAGAGGAACAAUUUGAAAUGUUCCGUCUCCUCAAUGGACGAAUACAACAUAACAAAUUUAUUAUUCGAAAAGCUCGUAAUUUUCGUCGUUUCGACAACUGGCCAAGGAGAGCCUCCAACAAACAUGAAACGAUUCUGGAAAUUUUUACUCCGUAAAAACCUUCCCACAAAUUCCCUAAUCCGCCUGAAAUAUGCCGUUCUCGGUCUCGGUGAUAGUUCUUAUCAAAAAUUCAAUUUUGCCGCGAAAAAACUGAACAAAAGACUCGCCCAACUCGGUGCUAUCGAAUUAAUUCCAAUAGGAUUAGCAGACGAUCAACAUGACCUUGGAAUCGAUGCAGUUGUCAACUCCUGGGUCCAGAAUUUGUGGACCCAAUUCUCGGAGACCUUCUCCAUUCCCAUAACGAGCAUUUUAAACUUUGAGAAUCCUGUCAUUCAAAGAUUUCAAAUAAACCUCCUGAUGAACCCAAAAAUAGAAAGAAAUAGUGAAAUCACCGAUAUUUAUGCCCGAGAAACUCUGAUCAACGAAUCCGUGAAAGUGGGAACAGUUCUCGAAAAUAGGAGAACAACUGCAGAUGAUCAUUUCCAGGACGUUCGUUUAAUCAAAUUAAAAACUCCGGGUGUUGAGUAUACCCCCGGAGAUGUUCUCUACAUAAGACCCAAGAAUUCGGAAGAACAGGUGCGAAAAUUUUUCAAAGUUUUGAAUGACAACGAUGUGAAUUUGGAUCCGGACGCGAUCAUCCGAGUUUCUGAAAAGGAGAUCAAAGUUCCCUCAGUUCUCCAGCAGGAUUUAAAACUCCACGAAAUCGUCGAACAAUACUGGGAUCUCAAUUUUAAACCCAGAAGGUCGACAAUUCAAACUCUGGCUUUUAUCAGUGACAAUGAAUUGGAGAAGGAGAAACUGAUUGAAUUUACGACAGCUGCUGGACAAGAAGAACUUUUUAGCUACGUGAAUCGACCCAGGCGGACUAUUGUCGAAGUUUUUGCCGAUUUUCCAAACACGACCAGGAAAUUGAGUUUGGAGGUUCUUUUCGAAAUUAUGUCACCGAUAAAAGCGAGGGCCUUCAGUAUAGCUUCGAGUUUGGAAGCAAAUAGAGAUGAGACGGAGAUUUUGGUGGCUGUUGUUAAAUACAAAACGAAGCUGGUGGAGCCGAGACUGGGCUUGUGUUCGAAUUGGCUGGCGCGACUGAAGGGGGGUGAUUCGGUCAUCUAUUGGAUUCAGAGAGGAACUUUUAAAUUCGAUUGGGUCAAGCCGAUGAUUCUGAUUGGACCCGGGACUGGUGUCGCGCCUUUCAGAUCGUUGAUGAUGGAGAAGGGGCGUGUGGACGGUCAUUUGAAGGAUUGUUUGCUCUUCUUUGGCUGCAGAAAUCGGGAGAAGGAUUAUCAUUGUCGAGAGGAUUUUGAGAAAUUGGCGAGGGAUUAUCAUUUGAGGAUUUUCUGCGCCUUUUCACGGGAUCAGGAAGAGAAAGUAUAUGUUCAACAUGUCAUUCGGCAACAAGGAAAACUAUGCUGGGAAUUUGUGAGCAACGGUGCCAAUAUUUACUUGGCGGGCAGUUCUAAAAAUAUGCCAAACAGCGUGCGAGAGGAAUUCGUUAGUUUGGCUAAGAAUUUCGGAAAGAUGAAUGAAGAAGAGGCUGAAAAGUUUAUCAACCUCUUGGAAAAGAACAAUCGGUAUCAGACCGAAACAUGGGAGUAAUGAUUCUGAAUUUAUAGUCAAGUUGACAAGUCUGUGAUACUUUAUUUUUAUUUGUAACCAUAGUAUUUUAAUAAUAACAAAUCUUAAUUAAUAAAGAAUAGGAAAU